UCUUCUCCUUUGUUCACUUCUCCUUUGCUCAAUUUCUAUUACAUCACCCCUCCCUCCUUUCAGGCGAACCUGAUUCUCAGUGAGAGAGUGAGAGAGGAAGGCCAUCCUGUCUGUAUCCCCAGGCUGAGCGCUUACAAUCAGAGGGAUGAUGAGGCUAGGCUGGGUCCGAGGGCUGGCCCCUUUGCUGGCCAUGGCUGCUGGAAUACUCUACAUCACAUCCAUUAAGCGGGAGGUUCAUUCUCAUGGGGAGAGACUGCAGAGGGCCCAUCAGAAUGACUCGUCCAGGGGCCAGGACAUGCUCAAGAGGCUGGAGAAGAUGGAGGCUCACAUCGAGAAGCUGUUGAAGACAAUCAACGACGGGGGCAGUCUGAAAGAGGGGCAGACUGUGAAGGCUCCCGAGGUCAAGGAGAGGAAGGUGGUGAAGAAGGUGUACCCCAACUCAGCUCUGUUUACAAGCUGGGGUGGUGAGCUCUCAGAGGAGGAGCAGAAAGAAGCAGAGGGGCUGUUUCAGAUGUAUGGAUACAAUGCCUUCCUGAGUGACAGACUACCCCUGAACAGGGAAAUCUCUGAUACUCGCGAUCCUAAAUGUGCUAAGCACCAGUAUCCCCAUGACCUGCCCACCAUCAGCGUGGUGUUGAUCUACUUGGACGAGGCCCUGUCAAUCAUCAAGAGAGCCGUCUGCAGCAUCAUAGACAAGACCCCCCAACGCCUGCUCAAAGACAUCAUACUGGUGGAUGACCACAGCUCCAAUGAGGAUCUAAAGGAGAGGUUAGAUGCCUACAUCAGCUUCAUCCAUGAAGAGCGUCCCGGCCUGGUGAAGAGAGUGAGACACUCAGAGCAGCUCGGUCUCACACAGGCCCGCCUCUCAGGGUGGAGGGAAGCUACAGGAGAUGUGGUGGCCAUCUUGGAUGCCCACAUAGAGGUCCAUGUGGAAUGGGCGGAGCCUCUGUUAGCUCGCAUAAAGGAGGACCGCACGUUGGUGUUGACACCGGUGUUUGACAAAGUCCAUUUCGAUGACUUGACCGUCACACGCUAUGGGCCUGCUGCAGAUGCCUUUGACUGGGCCCUGUGGUGUAUGUAUGAGUCCUUCAGACCUGAGUGGUAUGCCUUGAAAGACGAGUCACAGCCAGGAAAGAGCCCCUCCAUUAUGGGCAUACUAGUGGUUGAUCGCCUGUUCUUUGGAGAAAUUGGUGCUCUGGAUGGUGGUAUGAAGAUCUAUGGAGGUGAAAAUGUUGAACUGGGCAUCCGGGUGUGGCUUUGUGGUGGAAGUGUCGAGGUCAUACCUUGUUCUAAAAUAGCCCACAUCGAGAGGGCCCAUAAACCCUAUCUCCCCGACCUGAGCAUUACAAUGAAGAGGAAUGCUCUGAGAGUGGCUGAGGUCUGGAUGGAUGACUACAAACAUAAUGUCAACAUUGCCUGGAACAUCCCACUGAAGGAUCAUGGCAUAGACAUUGGGGAUGUUUCAGAGAGGAAGACGUUGAGAAAGAGGAUGAACUGCAAACCCUUCCAGUGGUAUCUGGAUAACGUGUAUCCCAUGUUAGACCCCCUGGGUGACUUGCUUGGUUAUGGAGCUCUGGUCAAUGACCAGAAGACGGAUCUCUGUAUAGAUCAAGGCCCAGUUCCGGGGAACACACCUAUUUUAUAUGGAUGCCAUUACUUUCGUCCACAGAUCUGUUAUUAUCGAGCCAGUGGGGAGAUCUACAUUGGAGGCAUCAUGUCUCACAAGUACAACAGUAAUCGCUGUCUGGUGGACACUGGCACUCGAACCCCAGGACUGUAUGAGUGCAAGGUGGCCAAGCAGAAGGGAUUCCACAUGCUCUGGGACUUCCAACAGCGAAAAGCCAUCCAGAACAGACAGACAAAGAGAUGUCUGGAGAUUGCCCCAGGCGAGGACACUUACUACCAGCUCAUCAUUCAGGAGUGCAGUGGGCAGCACUGGAACAUACAGAAUCUGAUUAAAGACUUCUGA